GGGCCGAGGCAGCGGCUGGGCUGCGGGAGCUGCAUGGAGGAGGGGAGCUCCGCCGAGUCCCCUGCCCGCACGGGAGGAGGAGGAGGAGGAGGAGGAGGAAGUUUGGGGAUUAAGCCGCUGCCCGGAGCCGGAGCGCACGGAGGGAGCCGAGGCACGGCCGCGGAGCGCUGCGAGGGGGAGGCACCGACGGGGAGACCCCCGUCCGAAGCCCCUGCGCCCCGAGCGUGAACGGGAGGGGGGCACCGGAGGGCGAGAGGCUGCCGAAUGUCGUAGCUUGAACAGAAGAGAGGAAAAUUGACUCCACUUUGCCUAACCUAACAGUGAUUUCUUCGAUUUUGCUAAGCCUGUCUCUGCUGAGAUGCCAGAUAAAACUCCUGGUGGUACAGAACCUGUUCCCAGGAAUGAAGAUGACUUCCACUUACCUCUUGAUGUUUUACCAGCUGUGACAGAGGCCCUUGACUCCAAGACAAAAGGAGAAGAUUUGCACCAGGAGAGCAGAUCUUUCCGCUGCUGUGAAAAAAAAACCAUGGACCUAUCAGACAGUGACCGUCCCGUCAGCUUUAGCUCCACUUCCUCUUCUGCUUCCUCCAGGGACAGCCACUGUUCCUUUGGAAGCAGGAUGACCUUAGUUUCCAACAGCCACUUGGGCCUGUUUAACCAGGAUAAAGAAACGGGUGCCAUCAAGCUAGAACUAGUCCCAGCCAGACGAUUUUCCAGCACCAAGCCAUGCAAAAACACCCCUGCGGAGCAAGAGGAUCCUGAGGAGAGCCUGGAAAAAAAGCUCAGCAUGACGAGGAAAGCAGAACCAAAGGGAGUGAGCAAAAACUGUGCAAUGUCCCUGGUGACGGAGCCCACCAGUCCGAAGCUCCUCUAUGUAGACAGAGUUGUCCAAGAGAUUCUGGAAACAGAGAGGAUGUACGUGCAGGACCUGAAAAGCAUUGUGGAGGAUUACCUCGAUUGUAUCACUGACCAAUCCAAGCUGUCCCUGGGGACAGAAGAGAGAUCAGCCUUGUUUGGAAACAUACGGGAUAUCUACCAUUUCAACAGUGAACUUCUGCAAGAUUUGGAAAACUGUGAAAAUGAUCCUGUGGCUAUAGCAGACUGUUUUGUUUCCAAGAGUGAAGAUUUCCACAUAUAUACACAGUACUGCACCAACUACCCAAGGUCAGUAGCCGUGUUGACAGAAUGCAUGAGGAACAAGACAUUGGCCAAGUUCUUCAGAGAACGGCAAGAAGCACUGCAGCAUUCUUUGCCUCUGGGCUCCUAUCUCUUGAAACCUGUCCAGCGAAUCCUCAAGUACCACCUACUUUUGCACGAAAUAGAAAACCACCUUGACAAGGACACUGAGGGCUAUGAUGUGGUGCUAGAUGCCAUAGAUACGAUGCAGAGAGUGGCGUGGCACAUAAAUGACAUGAAGAGGAAACAUGAACAUGCCAUCAGGCUUCAGGAGAUACAGAGCUUGCUCACCAACUGGAAAGGACCCGAUCUUACCAGUUAUGGGGAGCUGGUUCUAGAGGGAACGUUCCGCAUUCAGCGAGCCAAAAAUGAGCGCACGUUGUUUCUCUUUGACAAGCUGCUGCUAAUCACGAAAAAGAGGGAUGAAAUGUUUGCAUACAAAGCUCACAUAUUGUGUGGGAAUCUUAUGCUUGUUGAAGUGAUACCAAAGGAGCCACUCAGCUUUAGUGUCUUCCACUACAAAAAUCCCAAGAUGCAACAUACUGUCCAGGCAAAAUCUCAGCAAGACAAACGGCUUUGGAUUCUUCAUUUGAAGAGGUUAAUUCUGGAAAAUCAUCCUGCUAAGAUUCCUGCCAAGGCCAAACAGGCAAUUCUGGAAAUGGAUGCCAUACAUCACCCAGGGUUUCAUUAUAGCCCCGAGGGAGAAAUGAAAUCAUCAUACCAGCCUAAAGAAGGCACUACUCAACAAAGAGUGAGGAGGAAAUCAGAACCCUCAUCGAGAGUCCAUAAAGUUUUGAAGUCAAAUGAUAUAAGUCCAGAUAUGCAGAAGCGGAUUGGUAUAGAAGGAGCCCUAUUAUCUCAAGCCACCAAACUAGGAUCAAAUGAAACCCUGCUGAAUUCUAGGAAGAAGGUUUCAUUGGAACCCAGUGGGCUAGAGAGCCAAUUUCAAGAGUCCAUUGAGCCAGCCUACAGCAGUGAUCAGGAUGAAAAUCUCCAGACUCCUGCUGUGGAACAGAUUGAUGCUGAUGAUGAAGAAGAAGCUGAACAGGGAAUGCAACAGAAUUCACUACAGAAAUCAAAAGGAGGAAGGAAAAGACUUAAUAGUCAAGCUGCUGAAAAUGUUGAAAAACGGAGAAGUGUUAAUCUCAACAAGUGUGAAAUGCAGAGCUCCAAAGAUCCUUCAGAUGAAGAGUCCACCCAAUUGAGUGCUGAUCUUCCAUUUUCCUGCUCAGCUAGGCAGUCACAGUUGCCUAGACAAUUCAGCACACCCCAGACCAACUCGCUGAUCAUGAAUAUCCUGGGGGGAACUACCUCUGUGAGAAACAUCUGGACUGACCAUCAAAUUAGGCAGGCAUUGUUUCCUAGCCGACGUCCACCUUACGAGAAUGAAGACGAUGAAGACGAUUAUCAGAUGUUUGUACCAUCAGUGUCUACAUCCAACACUAGUCCAGCUGCUGGUGGAGAAAGGAGGGGUCCUUCUGGUCGGCCAUGCAGCUGGCACUUGGGGGUAAUGCAACAGAAUGAAACUACCAGCUCCAGUCGCCACAAAAUCGUUAGGCGUGCCAGUAGCGCUGGUGAAAGUAACACAGCCAGCACAAGGUACAAAAUCAGUGAGCGCAGUUCUCGAAGGGAUGUGAAGAGAACAGAGGUGAGCGGUAUGAAUGCAUAUCCCGAAUCUUCAGAGGAGCUGACCAUUGAUGAUAUUGAACACGUUUAUGACAAUAUCAGCUAUGAAGACUUAAAGCUGAUGGGUCUGACAAGAAGGGAGGAAACACACCAUGGUCCCCAGAGAUCUGCUAGAGACUCUCUCUAUGAGGCUGAAAACAAAAGCAGCUUAGAUUCACCCACCAAAAAGCGGAUAACAAAUCAAAACAGGGCCUCCCUUCGUGCUAGCAGGGAUGAGAUCCUGCUCAGUAGAGAAGCACCUACUUCAAGUUUGGAUGAACUCAGAAUUGUUGAAGAUAACAUCUAUGACACCAUAGCACUUCCAGAAACACCGCUAUUGAAUUUUAAGUGUGACCCCUUAAAAUGUUCUAAAAGGCGGAGUUUUCUGGGCCUGGAAAAAGACUUGGCAUGCUCUGACAGUCUGCAGCAGUUUGUUUCUGAGGAGAGCCUCCAGUUCAGUGAAGAUGAGAGUCCUUACCAUCGAGUUCCUGUUGACAAUGACUAUUUGAGCUUAGUAGACAGCUCUUCCAACUCCGAUUCAUUGUCCCAUAAAUCUGCAGCAGAUAAACUGUCAGAGGAGGUAGAUGAGAUCUGGAAUGACCUGGAGAAUUACAUCAAGAAGAAUCAGGAAAAGACAAGAGACCGACUUCUCGCAGCCUUUCCUGUUUGUAAAGAUGAUAUGCAGGAAAGGCUGCAUGCUGGUAGUACACCUGAACUGAGUAAAGAGGUAGAGUACUCACUGUCUACUCUCUCUCUGCCAGAAACUCCAAUUUUCCCUAAAACUGUGAAGCCUAGGGCUGCCACCUUAAGUGAGACCAGUCUCAAACUUGACGACACUACAGCAUGCAAGGAGACCUCUUUAGCAAGUCUGAACAGAUCUUCCUUCUCCAGUGAGAUGCCUUUUGUAGAUAGCCCAUAUGAAUCUGCCAAUAGUAUUCUAUCCAAUGCACAUAUGGAGGGCAUGGAAAAUGACACGGCUAUCAUGGAUAAAACAAAGAACAGAGUUUUUAUGAUGGCCAGGCAAUACAGUCAGAAAAUUAAGAAGGCUAACCAGCUUUUGAAAGUUAAAAGUCCAGAGCAGGAACAGCCAGCUAGCAGACAACAGAAGCUGAAACACAAAGAUCUUGCUGCUAUUCUGGAGGAGAAGAAACAAGGUGGUCCUGCUAUUGGUGCCAGAAUAGCUGAGUAUUCCCAGCUCUAUGACCAGAUUGUCUUCAGAGACAGUUCACCUAAGGUCCAAAAGGAAGCCUGGGCCAGCCCUCAGGAGCCAUCAGCCGUGAGGUUUUCCACUCCCGUGGCUGCGUCUCCCCCCCGUUCCCAGGCUGCCAGUGAAUGCCCAAGAGCAGAGGAUUGGCUCUUGCAUUCUACAUACAGCAACGGCGAGCUGGCUGACUAUUCUCCAUGGCCUGAGUCCCAAGACCCAAAGUCCAAGGGCUCAUAUGCAGAAGCUGGUACAAAAAGCAAUUCAAGGCAGUUGCCGUCAGCUUGCUCAGUGCCUUCCCUUCAGAUUUCUAACCGUUUGCAUGUCCCAGCGCAGAGGUGGAGCACGAUUAUAAGCCAACCUAACAAAGAAAAUUUACAUCAAGAUCACAUCUAUAACUCCCUUGGGAGGAGAGUAAGCAAUAUGAAGCCACAGGCAUACAGCCGGUCACAGUCGUCUUCCUCAAUUGUCGUCAACAGGUCUGGAGAAUCCAUUGUAUAUCCUAAUGAAACGGACAAGAAAAAGUUUCAUUCGAGUAGGAACUUCCGAUUCAACACCCAUCACACGCUGGGUAUUGCUUCAGCAUGUACGGGGCUUGAUACAAGAAAGCAGAUCCCUGAAAACUAUUCGGAUAUGAUUCUGCAGGAUUCUCAAAAGGUCCUGAGAGUAAACAGGACCUCCCCUCUGACUGCACAGAUGGCCACUCAGAACUAUUUUUCUAACUUCAAAGACACUGAAGAAAGGGAAGGGGAUGAUGAUGACUAUGUAGAAAUAAAGUCUGAAGAUGAGGGAUCUGACCUGGAAACUUCUCAGAACCAAACAAGGAAACUGGAUCCCAAAUUGCACAAUACGGACACUGCUCCUUCUGAAACGCUCUGCAGCAAAACUGUGUCUUGUACUCCUGCAAAGUCCACCAGCAGCAAGCAUGCGCUUACCCCGUAUCUGACUGCAUACAGCGAUUCAGACAAACUGAACGACUACCUGUGGAGAGUACCAUCUCCUAACCAGCAGAAUAUCGUCCAGUCUUUAAGGGAAAAGUUUCAGUGUCUUAGUUCAAGUAGCUUUGCUUGAUGCUUCCAGUGAUUUCUAGCUGUACAUGAAGAGUAUAUACUAGGACAAUCAGUACUGGCAUUACGUAUUUCUGUAAUAUUACACCGUCAGGCAUUGUAUCACAGUAAUAUUGUAAAUAGAUGUGAAAUGUAUCUUUUUUUUUUUUUAUUUUUAAUGGUUUAGAAUCCUGGAAGUUAAAAGGCCACAUGUGCACUGUCUGCUGUCUCACUCCAUAAUGCAGGUGGACUUCAGAUCUCAUAUUUAACCUCUGCAUCUCUUCCCUUCCUUCUCCUCAGCUGAGUUUCUUGUUAGGUGUGAUACCCCUUGGUUCGUACUGUCUAUCCAGGUAUGAUACCAUUUGAUUGUUAAGCCAUGUUACCAUGUGGAAAGCUUAGUAUUUGGACUUCUGAGUUGUGACUGGUUCUACAUCCAAAAUAUCCAUGCGAUUACUCUGGUGGCAUGUGGUAGCAGUUGGCUGAGUGGCUGCUCCUCUGAGGGCGCGUAUUUCUGAGCACAGUUCUGGUAACGACACCAACAUGCCACCCGUGCAACUGCACAAACUUGUCUCAUGUUACUUUUGACAGAGAAAUUCCAAGUGUACAGGACCAAUGCAUGUGACACCAAAUAUGCUAUGUUACUUUAGAGCAGACUUGUUUUAAACAAAAUCUAGUCCCUGUGCUUAUGAGCAAUGUCAGAUGAUAGCUGUGUCUGAAGCCUUUUCUACUUUCUAUAGCUGCACAGUAGGCAGAGGACAGGCCGUGGCAGCUCUUUUAUGUGAAUCGGUCAGCAUGACACCAUCCUUGUGUGGAGGAUGUUCUGGGCAGUAGAAGCUCUGUUGCUUGUGGACACGACUAGACAGAUCCCUGGCUUUGUAAGUCCAGCGUUUGCAGUGUUUGUGACAUGCAGGCAAAAUCCGAGUAGCUUGUAGCUCAGAGCCUAGCACUUGAAAGCCGCUGUGUGUGGAUUUCCCAAGCGUCAUUUACAUGCAGUGGCCUGCAGGUUGUUUGGUCAGGUCCCAAAAUCAGUAACCCUGAGAGAGAACGGGACUUGGCUGGAUGCUGGGGUGAACCAUUCAUUCACGCGGCGUGUUUGAGCCACAGGGUGUUUCAGCAAUACUGCUGGGUGAGUUACAAGCUGUCUUCCCCAGGGGAGGCAUCUCCAUCGUAGGAAGCAAUCCAAGCAAUCCUUCCUGGCAGAGCGGGGUGAAAGAGGCAUUUUCUAAAUCAGCCAGCACUGAAUCUCAUUCAAUUCAUGUACAAGUAGCUUAAAAAUGAGAAUACAUUCCAUUCUUUCGCAAAUGAUGUGCAGAGUAAAUGCUCCCAUUUAUAGGAACAGACUUUCCGGUAUGAUGCACGUUUACUCCCUUUUGUCAUCUUCGUUGCACAGCUUUGGAUUCUGUUACUUGAAAACAUUGUACCGAUAGGAAAGCCUAAAUAUGUCUGCACUGACCAUCUGAGUGACUGUUGUUGUUUUUUGGUGCUGAAGUUCUCCAGAUUACGCAGAUAAAGCCAGUACUGAGUUAAACAUACCAUUAAAUAACGGAGUGGAAGUACUACUUUCACUACCCACGCAUCGCUCCCCUCAGUCGCCGAGCACUGCGCUUCCAGAACCGCUGCCUAUUUCCACCACUGGUUACGACGAGGAAAAAAUGAGGUGAUCAACGUACAGCUAAUUACUUGCAGGUUGCGAUUUAAGGACUGGAACUUGUUAGAACGGAGUUUAAAUUAUUUACCAGACGUGUCUUGCAUCGGCUAGGAGGUGUUAGGGCGAGGGCUGGCUGGUCGGGGUGCUUACCAACAUGUGCCAGGCCUGCUGGCUGAGGAAUGAUGUACAUAGUUACGCCGCUGAGAUGUAGUGGAGCCCGUAUUUAUUUAAUAUAGCUUGUAAAGUAUUGUAAAUACGAACAGGAGUUAAAUCUCUGCUUGACACCCCCUCACCCCGCGCGCUCUAGAUCCGUUGAAACCGCACCUCAACGCCAUCGGUGGAGCUGGAACAAAAGAGAGGAGAAAAAAAAAAUAAUAAUUAUUAAAGAAAAGGGAGUUGUACCAGCGCGUAGCGUGUCUCCCAGGGACCAUUUCAUAUAUUUUUAAUAAACGUCGAGUACUCCAAAA